AUGACGAGACGUAGAAAAUUUUUACAGCAAUGUUCGAAACAAUUGUCAUCAUCACCUUUAUGUUCACUUUCUAAUCAACAAAAGGUAUUUUCAAAAAAACAACGACGUCGAAUGCGUCAACGUCGUAGGCGACAACAACGUCGCACAAAAAUUCAAACACGCUCAAUGUGUAUGACAAUCCAGAUAGCUUCAGAUGCAUUAAAUAUGUUACACAUAUCUAACGAACCGAAUACAAAACCAUUUGAAUUUAUUGAACGAUAUGAGUUAACAAGACAGCAGGCACUGACUAUGCCAUUUGAUCAACGACCGAUUGUCUUUUUUAUGGAACAUGAAAAUAGUCAAGUGUUGCCAACGUCAACAGAUGAACUACACAACACUAUCGAUGAUGAUUAUUAUUCAAGUUAUGUAUAA